GAGCGUUGAAACACUCACAACCAAUGGCGUCUCUCUUCUUCCAAGUCCAUGAAGCUGGGAGAUAAAAAAUUCCCAAAAUUUCGUAAAUCAUUCUGGUUAAUUUCUUUGAUUUUUCUUUUGUGAAAUGGAUUCUACACCCAAUAAAUCAUCUUCUGGAUCGUCGUCGACUUUGCUGGCACCGGGUUUCCGAUUCCAUCCGACGGACGAGGAACUGGUGCGUUACUAUUUACGGCGAAAAGUCUGCGGAAAGUCUUUCCGUUUCGAUGCUAUAUCUGAUAUCGAUAUUUACAAGGCCGAACCUUGGGAUCUCCCUAGUAUGUCAAGGCUAAAGACUAGAGAUUCAGAGUGGUAUUUUUUCAGCAUUCUGGACAAGAAGUAUGGGAAUGGAUCAAAGACCAACCGGGCAACUGAAAAAGGAUAUUGGAAGACGACAGGGAAGGACAGGGCAGUCUACCAUAAAUCAGUCAUCAUUGGGAUGAAGAAAACUCUUGUUUAUCAUAGCGGCCGUGCUCCAAAGGGUAUGAGGACUAACUGGGUUAUGCAUGAGUACAGGCUCGUUGAUCUGGAGUUAGAGAGAGCUGGAAUUAUUCAGGAUGCAUUUGUACUGUGCCGAGUAUUCCAAAAGAGUGGUUCUGGGCCGAAGAAUGGCGAAAAGUAUGGGGCACCAUUUGUGGAGGAGGAGUGGGAGGACGACGAGGUGGAAAUGGCUACCAAGGAAGAGGCUGCAGAGGAAGUGGAUUUUGGCGGUGAUGCCUAUUUGGAUGGCCAUGACCUUGAGCAGAUUCUUGGAACAGACGUUACAUCAGAUGUUACUACUUUUCCAUUGAAUUUCUACUCUGUGGAAGAUGGCAGCAAUGGAAAGGAAUCCACCACAGUUGACUCCCAAAAGCUCUUGUUGGGUGUCCCCAAAUAUCAGUGUGAGCCAGAGCAGUCCGAUGAUAAGAAGUUAUGUGACAUACCCGAUUCAUAUGAUGUUGAUGGAAAACUACUCAAGCAUGAAUACAUUGGAGAAUCAAGCAAGACUGGGAAUUCUGAGGUGGAUUACUUGCUGGAUGAAACCUGGUUGGAUGCUUUUGAUAACAUUCAGUCUGAUGAUGGAGGAUUUAUUGAAACUAAUGAUCUCUUUAAUUCUGUUGGAGAUGAUACCUCUACUUUUGACAUGCUCGAGGAGUACCUUACAUUCUUUGAUGCUGAAGAUGGCAACUCACAGUAUUUCGCAUACAAUCCUUCAAAGAUGAUGGGAAAUGAGGACCUUGUUUCUGAUGAAGCAUUCCUUGUUCAGAAGACUAUAAAUGAACCAACUCAGCAAGAUACUACAUCUAGCAGACAAACAUUUGACAAUAACAAUGACUCUGAUGCUGAACCAUCCCCUAAGAACGAAUCUGCGAAAUUUGAAUCAGAUUUUCAGCAUCCACUCAUGAAGCAGGCUAAUAACAUAUUGGGCAGCAUCUCUGCGCCUCCCGCAUUUGCUUCAGAGAUUUAUCCAAAAGAUGCUGCUCUUCGUUUCAAUUCUGUAGCUCAGUCUUCCAGUUCGGCACAUAUUACUGCUGGCAUGGUUCAAUUACGAAAUUUAACCAUGGGUGGAAAUGGGGCAGACAAUUCAUUUGGCAAGCUCGGGAACUUAAACAUUGUUCUUUCUUUUGGUCUGUCACAAGGUUCUCAUGGUUCUACGAGCUUGGAAUCAAGUGUUAUACUUCCUGAAAAGACUGUUUCAGCAAUUUCUAGGGGCUGGUACUAUAUUUUCCUAUGGGUCCUAAUUCUCUCCAUGAGCUUCAAAAUUGGGACCUAUAUAUGUGCGAGGUAAAGUGUCACAAGUAGAAAAUAUAUGUCAAAGAUCCAAAAACCAUAGCGUGGUUGAAGAGUUGUAGGUAGACUUUUUAGAUAUUCUCAAAUUGAUACCAAGCUACAUAAAUGCAUGAUUGUUUAUUCUGUAUCUUAUAUUUAAGUUUUGAGUCUUGUUUUAGUGUGUUGAAUACUUUCCUUCUGUAGGUUGACACUAUUCUGUUCUCCAAUGUCAGUCUAAGCUUCUACUCCGGAAGCAUACCGAUUUUCAUAAUUUGUAUUUCUACUUUAAUAAUUGAUUAUAUCUUUGACUC